AUGCCACCCCAUUUACUUAAGUUGCUCCAGAAAACUCCCGAGGAACAAGAACGUGUACAGGCAGCCAAAGCGAUUCUGAUGGAUGAGCCGGCACUACGAAAUGAACAGAGUUUGGACCUCGUGUACGGCUGGAUGCUGCAGAAUUGCAAGCAGUACAGCAACAAUAUCUUCGGUGCUGCACCAGAAUACAUCCGUCGUGAAAUUUGUCGGCAGAUGAGACUCAUGAAGGUGAAAAGUGGAGGUCUCGUCAUUCGACAAGGUGACACUGGAGAUCGCUGCUAUAUCGUCGUGGAUGGACUGGUGGAUGUGUAUGUCAAAAUGGAGAAACCGGGGGAGGUCGUAGCUUCGCCUCCGCCGAUGUUGUCAACUAUGAAGCCGCGACGGACGUCUUGGCGGUUAAGCUCAGAAGUCAACCCGGCACCUGUCGACUUCGGUGCCAUGGUGGCGAACCUCGGACCAGGAGCAAUGUUUGGUGAAAUCGUGCUGCUCAACCCUUCAGCAAAACGAAACGCCACCAUCAAAGCGUCACAGUUUACUGAAAGCUGUGAUUUAAUUUGUCUAGAACGUGCUGAUUACAUUCGUCUGGUUCGUACUGCGUCUAUGGAGGCCUCGCACUAUAAUAACGCUGAAGUACUCGACAGAAUGUUUCUCUUUAGAGACUGGGUGAAGCUCGAGAAAAUGCGCCUAGUUAGUGCGAUGAGAUCACGUCAUUUUACAAGCAACGAUUAUCUUUAUCGAGCUGGUACCGAUGCCAAGUGGAUGUAUAUCGUGACAUCCGGUGAAGUCAUGGAGCGUAUCAAUUGGACCCUCGACGCUGGCGGGAAUGAUGCCGCCAUGCGACGACUUCUUUUGUCGCAGUCUUCUUCACAAAAGCAUCCCGAGAGAAUUGUAAACGUAGAGCUAACUCUUAUCGGCCCGGGGGAUGUCGCUGGAGAACUACCUUUCGUCACUUCAAAGCGCGGAGCUAGCUUUGAUAUUAAAGCCGUGACGGAUGUGCAGGCACUCGCCAUCGAUCGACGCUACUACGAAACGGUGAUGCUUACUGCAACUCGUGACAAUAAGCCCGAAGUUUACGCUACAGUGAAGAAACUGCGAACUUUCAGCCAAGACCGUGAGGAUUGGCGUCAGCAGCGAAUGGCGUGUGGCAUUUCCUAUCCCAGUGCACAUGUAAAUGUUACUUGGCAUUUGAUGCGCAUGUCAAAUGUUUUGUGUCCAAGAUGUGGACAGCGAGGUCACUUGGCUGCGGAUCUUUCCAAAUGUGACAGCGCCCCACCUCGUCAACCGCCACCAAGCACCAAUAAUAACAGUGGGAGUACUGGAGCGAAACGCGCACCAUGUGCAACCCUACUAUCGCGAAAAGUGUCGACAGCAAGAUCGUCAACUCAAAGGAGGGAUGACAAUCAUCAGCCAAAAACAGCUCGCCCAGACAACGCCGUUCGGGAUCUUUUUGAUGAUUCUUAUCUUCCCUCAGGGAAAGAACAGCUUCAACGAUGCCGAGAACGAAAAUUAUAA